AUGGCUUCCAACGCCCGAUACUAUGCGAACCCCGCCGAGGCAACUGAAUUCGCUCGCAAUCUGCUCGUCAAGGCCGGUCUAAGCGAAGAUGACGCCAAGUCUAUGGCGGAAUGCUUAGUUCUGGCUGACGAUACACACGGUCUAGCUCGUCUACCCCAGUACCUCGACCGCGUCAGCAAGGGCCGCGUGAACGCAACGCCCAACAUGCAGAUCACGGAAAAGACGCCCGUUGUCGCGCAUCUCGACGGCGACAACGGUUUCGGGUUCGUAGUCGCCACGAAAGCCAUGCAGGACGCGAUACGGCGCGCCGAGAUCUACGGCAUCGGCAUGGUGACCGUGAACCAUUCUAAUCAUUUCAGCAUGGCCGCCACCUACGUGCUACAGGCGCUGGCCGCGAAUAUUAUCUCGCUGGUGUUCACUAACUCGGCGAAGCAGAUGCCGCCCUUCGGCGGGAAAGAGACCUUAUUGGGGAUUUCGCCGUUCGCGGCCGGCGCGCCCUCGAGCUCUGAGGUCCCGUAUGUGCUGGACAUGACGCCGUCGGUCGUGGCGAAGGGGAAGAUUCGAAAGGCGGCGCGUCGUGGGGAGGCGAUCCCGCUGGGCUGGGCGUUCGAUGCGGAUGGGAAUCCGGCGACUGAUGCCGAGGUCGCGCUGAAUGGGAGUAUGGCGCCGAUUGGGGGGCCGAAGGGCUCGGGCAUUGCGACCCUGAUGGAUGUAAUGUCGGGGUUUUUGACGGGAGCGGCGUUUGGUGGGGAUCCGGAUGUGUUUAUGAGUACGGAGGACUUUAAGGCCAGGAUGGAUGUCUUGGUGCAAAGGGUUCAUGGGGUGAGUCCGGCGCCUGGGUUCUCGGAGGUGCUGUUCCCUGGAGAGCCGGAGUAUCGGUUGGGCAUUCAGCGUCAGAAGGAGGGAAUUCCGUAUGCAGAUGCUGAGAAGAGCGUGUUUGCUGAUGCGGCCAAGCAGUAUGGCAUUGAUGAGUUGAGCUUGUCGGAUACACCGCUUUCUAUUAAUUAG